AAGGAGAAGGGGGGAGAGGGAGAGAGAGAGAGAGAGAGAGAGAGAGUAUUCUUCUUCCCUUUUUGUCGGGUGCCCGCUGCUCCCACUAUCAGCAUCAUGCCCUCCUCCUCCUCCGCUGCGGCGUAUGAACUCCCUUUUUAGCCUCCACCGGUCUUCCUCCUCCCUUCUUCUCUCCUUCUCUUCUAUAUCCAAGCUUGGAGAGAAAGCUAGAAGAAGACGAGAGCCGACAUCUUCUCCCUCGGCCUCCAGCUCCCAAGCCCUCAACCCCGUCCCCAGGUCGGCUCUCUUCGCUAUCCUCUCUCAGAGCUCUCGUUUGAACUCUUGUUCUUCCCCGUUGGGUCCUUCUCCGCGGCGGACAAGACUGCCCCUUGGCUCGCCCGUUUACCGGCGGUUUUCGCUUCGGAUGAAGCUGCAGAGGACCCCUGUUUGAUCUUUCUGGUUUCCUCCGACUUUUUCCAAGGAUUGGAGGAGACCCCAACACUUGAUCUUCUCUGGCUGGAUUUCAUCGUCAUGGAGAGGUUUUUGCUCAAUCAAAACCCUCUUCGGUUUAAGCAGACGGUGUUGAUGAGAAACACAAUUUCGCUCUGUUGACUUCUCUCGAAAAGGUGACGUUUUUUGUGGGGGAGGGGGGUUGGGUUGUUUCUUUGUUUAUUUGGUGGUUCUGGUUCAAAAAAUGGGUGUUUGAGCAAGCACGGUUCUUAGAUUUUGAGGAGGGGGGCGGGUGUUCCGUUUGAGUCAGGAAACCUUAGCUGCUGGUUUGAGCUCUCUGAGACUUUUGCUGGAAAUCUCCCAACGUUAUUGCCUGUUUCAACCUUUCUUCCUUCUGAUUCUGAUGAAAACCGCUGGUUCUGAGAUUUUUGAGCUCGUUAAGCUUGAUGUUUUAUGGUUUUAUAAGAGGUUUGGAAUGCUACUUUGAUCCGGUGUUGGUGUUGUUUGCCGCCAUGACAUCAAACUGUCCUGAUUUUGUGAAGUGGAGGGAGGAGUUCAUCUCACAGGAGCGUGGAAGCCGAGUCGUCCACUACUACCUGGACGACUUCGGGGGCGAUUCCCAUCUUGCCGUCAUUGGCACUGAAAGGAGCUUGAGGCACAUGCUCUAUGUGGUUUCGGAGGAGUUCAGUCAGGCCUACGGGCCUGACAAGUUGGGGUUCUCUUGCCUCAAGUGGAGAUCGAGAAGAGAGGUGGUAGAUUGGCUGACUUCAUUCCUUCCAGCAAAGACCUGCACCCAGAGUAAUUCAAAAUCAGCAAAAUAUGAGUCGCCACAAUCUUUGAUUGCUGAUGUAGAGGUGAAUGAAUUCGAUGAGACUGGAGGAUAUCUAUUUAAACACAUGGAUAAAAUCCAUAAUUCAGAUAUUAUGUGGUCUGGUGUUUCCUGGACAUGUGGCAAGCAGCUCAGGCACUACCAAGCAUUUUGUCGCAACAGAACCAUAAUAGCUAACCAUUCUUUUGUUCAUGUCUUGUCUGAGGAGGAAAAUCGCUAUCUUGCUUAUUUAGAAGAUAUGUAUGAAGACAAAAAAGGGCAGAAGAAGGUUAAAGUACGGUGGUUUCAUCAAGAUCAAGAAUUUGCUUGUACAAUACCGCCACCUACUCCACAUCCCAAUGAAGUCUUUAUCACACCUUACUCUCAAGUCAUCAGUGCGGAGUGUGUGGAUGAUAUAGCUACUGUUUUAACUCCCGACCACUACGAAAAAUGCUUGGCCUUGCUUCCAUGUGGUUCUUUAGCUGGAAUCUGUUUGUGCUUUCGGCAGUACAGUAAAAAUAAAUUCAAACUCUUUGACUUAAGAACUUUGCGUGGAUAUUUUUAUCAAGCAGUUCUCAUGCGCAUGGAUAUAAGCGCUAAGUUUAGGAAGGAAGAAGAAGAAUCUGGUCAUGGAAGAAUCAUAAAACGUGCUGGACCCAAGAGAAUUAGGUUCAUCAAGGGGAAUCAGAGAUUUUUGGCAGACUGUUUAGGUGCAAAGAUGUCAGGCCAUAUGACAGCCUGCAGACCAGCUUAUGAAAAUCUAAGAUACCAGUUACCUGUUAGAAGAUCACUAUCAGUGAAGUUUGUUGGACCACGCAAUUGGCCUAGCCCACGUUUUAAGGUUGGUGAGAAGAUAGAGAUUCUCUGUCAAGAUAGUGGCAUCAGAGGCUGCUGGUUCAAAUGUACUGUUUUGCAAUUAUCUCAUAAGAAGCUGAAGGUUCGAUAUGAUGAUUUGCAGAAUGUCGAUGGCUGUGGGAACGUGGAGGAAUGGAUCCCUGCCUUCAGACCAGCGGCUCCUGAUAAAUUAGGCAUGAGAUGCUCAGGCCGCCCAACAAUUCGUCCUUAUCCCACAUGUGAUCAUUUUCUCGAUAGUGUUGCAUUUCUUAAUGGAACCCCGGUGGAUGCAUGGUGGAAUGACGGCUGGUGGGAAGGGGUUGUGGUUGGAACAGACAGCUGUGGAGAUGAUAGUCGGCAAGUAUAUUUUCCAGGUGAAGAUGUCUUCUUAAUAUGCCAGAGAAAAAAAUUAAGAAUUUCUAAAGACUGGGUGGGGAACCAGUGGGUCGAUAUCGUAGCUAAGCCAGAUAUCUUGUCAGCAAUAUCUUCAGUUAGCCAUGGAGCAAGGGUAACUUCCUCCUCACUCUUCCCUAAGAGGGUGGAAUCAGGUAGUUCUGCAAUGUCAGACCAAGAUGUCAUCACCACACAAGCCAAUUCAAAUGAAGAAGAUAAACAAGCAGAAACCAGCUUGGGUGAUAAAACUGAUGUGAACAUGAAGCGAGUUAAUUCAAGAAAGCGGCUGAGGGAUGAAAGUUCUGAGGAAGACUCUGAGGAAAAGGCAGGCAUAGGUGGUGACUAGAGUUGAAGGCUGGCAAAUGAAGUUGGACCAGGCCUGCUUUAAUUUUUUUUGUAUGUAAACGUGUGCGUAUAGAAUAUCAUAUAUAAUCACGAUGAUGUUACUUUCUGGGGCCAAAUUAACUGCACUGUAAUUCGGACAAUAAUGGAGGUGAACUGACUGAAGACUUGGCGUUCUUUGUAACUUUUUUAGUUUAAGCUUUUGCCAUCUUAUCUAGCAAUUUAAUUCCAGAUUUAGGCCUUGAGUAUCUGGUAAGAAUGGCCCCUCUUCCAGCUUUGUUCAAAUUGUGCCACUAGUGCUUCCAGGUGCCCCUGUCAUGGGUGCGCCGUGUUAUGGGAAUAUAAUCCAAGCCUACAUUAAUUUUUCAUGGUAA